AUGCCUAAAUCAAAAGAAUUUAUUGAUUCAUCUGGUGAUGAAUCUGAUAAUGGUAAGAGAAAAAGACCAACAACAACAAAGAAAACAGAAGCGACUAAAGCGCCCACCAAAACGGAUCCACCGGCAAAACGUGCAAAAACCGAAGCGAAUGGUUCAAAAGCAUCAUCAGCUGACACAUCAUCAACUGGUAUUAAUGGUGAAAAACGCUAUGAAUUGGGAAAAAUGCGGCAUAUUAGUGUUAGUGAAUUUAAAAAUAAACCGUAUGUAAAUAUUCGUGAAUAUUAUUAUGAUAAAGAUGGUGAAAAACCGGGCAAAAAAGGCAUUUCAUUAUCAACUGAACAAUGGCAAAAAUUAAAAACAUUUGUUAAUCAAAUUGACAAAGACUUAAAAGAAUAUUAG